AUGAUGGAAAGGUAAAAAGCAUUCAUUUAGCAUCAACCAUAAUCAGUGCAGAUGCCAAAGUUUUAAUAAUUCACAUUGUUUUUACAUUAGGACGGUUGUUUGCGACUGCAAUCACAAUUGACGCGUACAGAUGGCUACGUAUGUCUUAUAUUCGAAAAUUUACUUUCACAAAACAUUACGGAACCCGAAAUGCAUCUUUUACGUUGAUUCGACAGGACCUCUGCAUUAUUUUUUGGUUUUUACUGAUAUUACACAUUAGCACCUAGUGUAAUGCGUAAAACCAAUUCCUUUUACAUUUAUUAUGCCUUGUAAUCUCCGUUGCAUGUUACAUCUUCCUACACGUUUCAUAAGCAGGAUAAUUUUCGCGGGCAGCCGGCGUUUUUAGAAUUUUUUCGUUUUGGCCUUCGAUAAACUUCGCGAAUGUUCGAAUUCCUCUCGGAAAAAGGGCCGCUAGAAACGCGAAGCAGGCGAGGAUUUCGCCGUUUGAGCGUGAAAUGGACUUCUUGACCGGUCGAUAUGCUCUUUCGCCUUGGAUUCUCUCUGCACCUGUGCUAUUUUGCACAAAUCUUGCCCGGCGGCGACGAAUUUGAAAAUCGAGAGUUUUCGUUAGGCCCCGCCCAUUUUGUUCGCGAAUUUUCCCCACUUUUCCAUGGACAUUUAUAUUGGAGGCGAAACUAGGGAGAAAUCACCAUUUUUCGUGCUGAGUGCUGCGGUGUGACGUUGUUUCAGAGAGGUUGGUACGUGAUGUUACACUUGAGUGAUUCGCCUUGAUCUACCCCAAUAUUUUGCAUGUGUUCGCGUUGUUUAUCGCGUUUUUGUUACCUUUUUAUAGCCUAAAUUUGUUCGUAAUAGUAAGUUUUGCUGCUUUCAGAGUAUAACACGAUGUCUGAACAAAAAGAAGAAACCUUCGCCUUCCAAGCCGAGAUCGCUCAGUUGAUGAGCUUGAUCAUCAACACUUUCUACAGUAACAAGGAAAUUUUCCUUCGUGAAUUGAUCUCCAACUCUUCCGAUGCCUUGGACAAGAUCAGGUACCAGGCCCUCACCGAGCCCCAGGAGUUGGAGACCGGCAAGGAGCUGUACAUCAAGAUCACGCCCAACAAGGCCGAGAAGACCUUGACCAUCAUGGACACCGGUAUUGGAAUGACCAAGGCCGAUUUGGUCAACAACUUGGGAACCAUUGCCAAGUCCGGAACCAAGGCUUUCAUGGAGGCUCUUCAGGUGAGUAUUUUGAUUUAUUUUUGGCUUUAGGUUUAGACUCUUCAACUUCCUAGUGCAACGGAAUGAUGUUUCCUUUUUCAGGCUGGUGCCGACAUCUCCAUGAUUGGUCAAUUCGGUGUUGGAUUCUACUCUGCCUUCUUGGUCGCCGACCGCGUUGUUGUCACCUCCAAGCACAACGAUGACGAGACCUACGAGUGGGAAUCUUCUGCUGGUGGAUCGUUCAUCAUCCGUCAAGUCCAAGAUCCAGAGUUGACCCGUGGUACCAAGAUUGUGCUUCACAUCAAGGAAGACCAGACGGAGUACCUCGAGGAGCGCAGAAUCAAGGAGAUCGUCAAGAAACACUCCCAAUUCAUCGGCUACCCCAUCAAACUUGUUGUUGAGAAGGAAAGAGAGAAAGAAGUUGAAGACGAUGAAGCCGAAGAGAAGGAGGAGAAGAAAGACGAAGAGAAGAAGGAAGGAGAGAUCGAGGAGGACAAGGAUGAGGAAAAGAAGGACGAGAAGAAGACCAAGAAGAUCAAGGAGAAGUACCUCGAAGAUGAGGAGCUCAACAAGACCAAGCCCAUCUGGACUCGCAACCCCGACGACAUCUCCAACGAGGAAUACGCCGAGUUCUACAAGUCCUUGUCCAACGACUGGGAAGACCAUUUGGCUGUCAAGCACUUCUCCGUCGAAGGUCAGCUUGAGUUCCGCGCUCUUCUCUUCGUUCCCCAACGUGCUCCAUUCGAUCUGUUUGAGAACAAGAAGGCCAAGAACUCCAUUAAGCUGUAUGUCCGCAGAGUCUUCAUCAUGGAGAACUGCGAUGAACUGAUGCCCGACUACCUGAACUUCAUCAAGGGAGUCGUCGACUCCGAGGAUCUUCCUUUGAACAUCUCUCGUGAAACCCUCCAACAAUCCAAGAUCUUGAAGGUCAUCAGGAAGAACUUGAUCAAGAAGUGCAUGGAGCUCUUCAGCGAGAUCGCCGAGGACAAGGACAACUUCAAGAAGUUCUACGAGCAAUUCGGAAAGAACAUCAAGGUAGGGUUUUCUUACAAUCAAACGUCAAAUUCGAGAAUUCUUGGUUUCUAAUAUAAUAUUUUUAGCUCGGAAUCCACGAAGAUUCGACCAACCGCAAGAAGCUCGCCGAGUUCCUCCGUUACCACACUUCCACCUCCGGAGACGAGACCUCUUCCCUUCAGGAUUACGUCUCCCGCAUGAAGGAGAACCAGACCGCCAUCUACUACAUCACUGGUGAAUCCCGCGAAGCCGUCGCCAACUCUGCCUUCGUUGAGCGCGUCAAGAAGCGCGGAUUCGAGGUUGUCUACAUGGUCGACCCCAUUGAUGAAUACUGUGUCCAGCAAUUGAAGGAAUUCGAUGGAAAGAAAUUGGUCUCCGUCACCCGGGAAGGACUCGAACUCCCAGAGUCCGAGGAGGAAAAGAAGAAGUUCGAAGAAGACAAGGUCAAGUUCGAGAAGCUCUGCAAGGUCAUGAAGGACAUCCUCGACAAGAAGGUCCAGAAAGUCUCGGUCUCCAACCGACUUGUGUCCUCUCCAUGCUGUAUUGUCACCUCUGAAUAUGGGUGGUCUGCCAACAUGGAGAGAAUCAUGAAGGCUCAGGCUCUCCGUGACUCCUCCACCAUGGGAUACAUGGCUUCCAAGAAGAACUUGGAGAUCAACCCUGACCACUCGAUCAUGAAGUAAGUUAUACAUUUCUUGUUGUUGAUUACUGAUUUUAGGGCCCUCCGUGAACGUGUCGAGAAUGACCAAGAUGACAAGACCGCUCGCGAUCUGGUUGUCCUACUCUUCGAGACCGCCCUCUUGACUUCUGGAUUUUCUCUUGAAGAGCCCGGAUCCCACGCCAACAGGAUCUACCGCAUGAUCAAGCUUGGUUUGGACAUUGAUGAGGCUGACGCGGUCGAAGAAUCCACCUCUGAACCUGUAGCGGUCCCUAAAGUCGAGGGAGCCGAGGAAGAUGCCUCCAGAAUGGAAGAAGUUGACUAA